AUGUUUAGAUUAUCAUCCAGGAUUUUGUUUGCUUUCCUAUUUUCUGUCUAUUGUCUGCAAAGAAAAAAUUGGUAUUCCAGAUUGGACAAAGAAAUGACCACCUCAUCCCUAGCAGUACUCCAUGAAGAAGUUUCUAGUAUUGUUUAUUGUGCAGAACUCUGUUCUGAAGACGACUACUGUAUGGAGUUCCUUUACAGUGAUAUUAAUAGACAAUGUAUUGGAUUUCACUGUGUAAAGAAGGACAGCUAUUCGUACCAGUAUUUCGUCCUUGGAUCUACACAAAUGCUUCACUAUGAAAAAGAGCUGAACUGGGUGGAGUAUUCUGGUCACCUUUAUCUCUAUGGAGAAGAAAAACUCACAUGGGAAGACGCCAAGCUGGAAUGUCAGAAAAAAUGUGCCCAUUUGGUACUAAUUGAAACAAAAGAGGAAUCUGAUUGGCUGGCGGCUACGUUUCUUAAUGACGAUUGUUUGUCGGAUAUUUACUUUUAUUGCACAGCAUGGACGGGAGGUAACGACCUUGACAUUGAAGGUCAAUUCGUGUGGGGCCACUCGAACACGUCCAUGGUCUUUACCAACUGGUACGUUACCGAGCCGAGCAUUGGUAAUCCGUCAUUGGCCGCCGUUCGUGACUGUAUUGACAUUCUUAGGAAUGGUAAAUGGAAUGACAAAUCUUGCUUGAUGUUAACUGCGUUCAUUUGUGAGAGAACUAUUAUCUAACAUGAUGUGACAAGAAGUAUCGAGCAACUCAAUUAUUGAUCUUUUAGUGAGCUCACUAUGGAUUAACCUUACCAGGUUCCGCCUAGAUCGUGACAGCAUCUACAUGCUUAAAAGUUUGACAUUAACCUUACAUAUAUGUUAGCACCCAAGUAUUUCAAUUCAAAUACUGCUGUCUUUACAGAG